AUGAAUAACAUCGUCGUUUUUGCUGGUAGUUCCCAUCUCGAUUUAGUGAAUAAGAUUUGUGAGAAUCUAGGUAUUGAAAGGUCGCAAGUGAAGCUAGGUAAGUUUUCAAAUGGUGAGACCUCCAUUAGUAUCGAAGAAUCUGUUAGAGAGAAAGAUGUUUAUGUGAUUCAAAGUGGAUGUGGCCAUGUUAAUGAUAACUUUAUGGAGCUAUUGAUUCUCAUCAAUGCCUGUAAAACAGCUGAUGCAUCCAGAGUCACUGCUGUGAUGCCAUACUUCUCGUAUUCAAGACAGCCUGAUAUCCCAUACACAGCUAAGGGUGCUCCAUUAAUAUCAAAGCCUAAGGAAAAAUAUACUUUUGAGUCACAUCCAGGAACCCCUAUCCCUCAAUCCAUGCUAACAGUAGAGAAGCCCAUGUCCCCAAAUUCAAGUAGGCUAGAUGCCGCAAGCUCAGCUUCUUCAUCAGGUCCUCAGUCUCUACAAAGUCCCACUCCUUUGCGUCCAGUAGAGUUGAGACCCACCUCAUCUACUUCUUCGCGUAUCCCCAUGAUUCCAAACGGGAAGGCUGAACAUCCAUCUGAGCAGGAGCAAGAUUCAAAUGCAGACGCCCUCUUUAACGCAAGCAAUUCUAGUUAUAAGCUAUGGGUAGCCCAAGCAGGUACUUUGAUCGCUAAUUUGCUAACUACGUCCGGAGCAGAUCAUGUCAUCACUAUGGAUUUACAUGAUUCUCAAUUCCAAGGAUUCUUUGACAUUCCUGUUGAUAACCUAUACUGUAAACCUAUCACUCAGGCUUAUAUUCAACAUCAUAUUCCUAACUAUCAGGAUUGUGUCGUUGUUUCUCCAGAUGCUGGGGGUGCUAAGCGUGCUGCAAAAAUCGCCGAUGUCUUAGAACUUUCUUUUGCUAUGAUUCACAAGGAAAGAAGGUCACAGCUUUUGAAAGGUCCACCUGGCGCCACCUUAACAUCAGGUGGUGGCGUUCCAGUAUCGACCAAACCUUUAAUUGAGUCACUGGAUAUUAGGACAAGUCUCUCCAAUAAUGGAAACAAUAAAUACGUGAACACUACUAUGUUGGUCGGUGAUGUCAGAAACAAAGAAUGUAUUAUUGUUGACGAUUUGGUUGACACCUCAUACACCAUUACUAGAGCAGCAAAACUCUUGAAGGACCAAGGAGCCACUAAAAUAUAUGCUUUGAUUACACAUGGUAUUUUCUCAGGAGAUGCUCUAAACCGAAUUGGACAGAGUGUUAUUGAUAAGAUAAUUGUCACAAACUCUAUUCCACAGGACGAAACAAUUAAGGUACUAGGUGCUGAUAGAGUUGAGGUUCUAGAUGUCUCUAAUAUUUUCGCCGAAGCCAUCAGAAGAAUUCAUAACGGAGAAUCGAUAAGUAUUCUUUUUGAACAUGGAUGGUAG